UCCCAACUCAGUGGUGACAUUCGGGUCUCAGAGGCAACCCCUAACAAUGGGAUUUCAGGAGUACUGAAGAGAUUGUGACAAAAGGCAAGGAAAGAGGGGGAAGCAGCGAGAACAAAAGGAGAGGCUUGCCGCAGAGCCGAGGUCGCUUCUGCGAAAGAAACGAAAAGGAAAAAGUAAAGAAAAGGAUCAGUUCUUCGGGGCUCGGCAGGGGGGGGUGUGCUUGCUGCCCCCUAAACUGGACAUUCUUCUUUGUGCCAGAGCGAGGAGACAACAAAAGCAAGUAUGCGCAAUAAACUGAGCAAGUUCCGGGAUGCAGGCUGCUGGCGCAUGCUGAGGCUGGGGAGCAGGACUAUAGCGCUGCUCCUGCUGACGCUCAUGCUGCCGGCAGAAGCUCAGGCUUCAUCACCACCAGGAAACUUGGAGGUGCUGGGGGACAUGGCACAGCUGGAGGCCUCCAUGCACUCGGCAGUGCUUUCCGACCUCCGGGAGGCGCAAGCGGUAGCGUCUGCCGCGGUGCAACCGAGGGGCUUCCCGGAUUCCUCUGCCAUAGUGGGAAGGAUGUUCCAGAUGCAGAUCCCUACCAAAGCCAAGGAUACGGGAAGCACGGUUAAGAUUGCAGAGACUUCUAAAGAUACGCUGCCGUCAUGGUUGCACUGGGACCCAAUGAGCAGCAUCCUUCAAGGACUUCCUCUGGAGGCAGACAAGGGAGUCCACUACAUAUCUGUCUCUAUUUCUAAUGCAAGCCAUGUGUCGCAGAGUCCUGAAGUAUUUUCCAUCGAGGUUCAUCCAGAUGAGCAUGCUGACACAGAUCCUGUUCAGUUAGCGAUCCAGUUAACCGAAAAUGAUCCUCAACAUUUUGUCUGUGGCAACGAAGAGCCCGUUACUGUGCUUACAAUCAUUUUGGAUGCAGACCUCACUAAGAUGAGCUCCAAACAGAGAGUGGAGCUUUUGGCCAGCAUGAAAAAAUUCUCGGGAGUGGGGCUGCAUAUGAAGGUCUUGCCUGUUGUCAACAAUCGCUUGUUUGAUAUGUCUGCGUUCAUGGCCGGGCCAGGAAAUGCUAAAAAGGUGGUCGAAAAUGGUGCUUUAUUAUCUUGGAAACUUGGCUGUGCCCUGGAUCAGAGCAACAUUCCAAAUAUCAGUAGUGUUCAAGUUCCGGCUAAGGAAGGGACAAUGUCUGCGCAAUUGGGAUAUCCAGUCGUGGGAUGGUACAUUGCUAAUAAAAAGCCACACGUACCUAAACGGGUACGGCGGCAGGUUACUAUGUCUACCCCUGUGUCCUCCUUGCCUCCGCCAACAACAUAUCCUGAGCCGUCAACCCGCAUUGUGCCCACACCUACAUCUCCAUCGGUCGGACCAUCGUCAGACAGCUCUUCACCACCUGUACGAGACCCAGUACCACUGCCUCCGAAACCCACUAUUCACACCAGAGGUCCAACUUAUACAACUCCUGCAAUUGGACCACCUCAGCCUACAAAAAUGGCUGACACUACCAGCACUAUUACAAUACAACCCACCAUGACCUGGACUGGGUAUGUUGGGCCUACUGUUACACCACCAACACCAACCACCAAGAAACCAACAAAAAGGCCUAAGAAACCCAAGACAACCCCAGUACCAAAGGAACCCAAGACCACCACGAUUAAGCCUCCCAGACGUACCACUCCUUCAGUUGUCUUACAUGAUGGCAAUACGAAACCAGAGCUGCGUAACCCGAUUGAUCAAGUUAAGUCGUUCAUCGGGACAUACUUUGAGGUGAAAAUCCCAUCCGACACAUUCUUCGAUCGAGAAGAUGGCACAACCGACAAGUUAAGACUAACUUUGAGAAAGACCAAUGAAGUUGUUGGAGAAGACUCUUGGAUUCAGUUCAACAGCACAAGCCAGUUGCUGUAUGGAUUACCAGACUGGCAUCACGAAGGGAAGCAUGAAUACUUUAUGCAGGCAACUGACAAAGGUGGUCUUUACACAACCGAUGCCUUCGAGGUCCGUGUCAGUCGCUUCGGUAACAACGUCAAGCCUCCAGUCCUGUUUGCUGCUCGGUUCCAAGGGGAGCCUCGUUCAGUUACGAAUGAUAUCCACAAGAAAAUCCUUCUUAUGAAGAAACUGGCCUAUUCGUUCGGUGACCGCAAUUCUAGUUCAAUUACACUGAAAAAUAUCACUAAGGGAUCCAUUGUAAUCGAAUGGACCAACAGCAGCCUCCAACAGCACCCGUGUCCCAAGGAGCAAAUUCAGGCCAUGAGUAGAAGGAUCUCCGAUGCUGAAGGCAAACCUUCACAUAUAUUCAACAACGCCAUGGAACCGGACUUCAAACCCAUAAACAUCACGAUCAAAGGAACGGGUAGCUGCCGCAACUACAUGUUUGUUCCACCAGGCGAGAUCCCAGACCCUAGUCCACCUGCCGUCACGCCAGUCAUGGGAACCGGUCGACAGAGCAACGACGAUGUAUAUCUUCACACAGUCAUACCAGCCGUGGUGGUUGCUGCCAUCCUGUUGAUCGCAGGCAUCAUUGCUAUGAUUUGCUAUCGCAAGAAGCGCAAGGGGAAGCUUACCAUUGAAGACCAAGCGACUUUUAUUAAAAAAGGAGUCCCCAUCAUUUUUGCUGACGAACUCGACGACUCUAAGCCACCUCCAUCAUCUAGCAUGCCCCUUAUUCUCCAAGAGGAAAAACCUCCUCUCCCACCACCUGAGUAUCCAAACAUGGCCAGUCCAGAGACCACACCUCUGAACCAAGACAUUUUGGGAGAAUAUUCAGGCCUACAAGACGAGGACCCCAAUGCCCCUCCUUACCAGCCUCCACCCCCCUUCUCUGCUCCCUUAGAGGGUAAAGGCUCCCGCCCCAAGAACAUGACCCCAUACAGAUCACCACCCCCAUAUGUGCCACCCUAAUGUUUAUAAAGCCCUCCAUUGUGGAGGACAGGGAACUUGUGCAGUUCCAACACCAGUGUUGACUCUUUGCAUUUUUUCGGAAAUCGGAGGGGCAUUGCAAUUUGGGACAAUGGAUUGGGAGGGUCGGGAUGAAUUUUAAUUUGUUUCUUUUUCUUUUUUUUUUUUUUGGUAUUACUGGACUUUUUCUCGGAGUGGUGGGGGGUGUAAUUAUAUAAUCCUCAAAGACAGCGACAACAACCUCAGCCUCUGGCUGUCUGGCUACUGCUGAUCCGUUGGAAGAUGCACCCUCCAAUCCUAGCGCUUUUGUGUCUAGAUGGGCUUUUUUUUUUUUGUUUGUUUGUUUGUUUGUUUGUUUCAUCAUUUUGUAUUUCUUUUUGACUUAUUUCAAAAUCAAACUACUUGCCUAACAGCACUCUUUUUAUCUGAACUAUUUGAAUAAUACAUACAGACAAUAAGUAAAGUGACUGCGGGCGCAAGUGUUUCAUAGUGACAUUCUACAAAUAAGGAGAAAAAAAAGACUAGGGGGACAAAUGUGCAGACAAUUAUGGACUUGUUUGAUUCAAUACGGUUUGCCUUUUAACAUUAAUUGUACUGUUUUUACCCUUAUUCACAUGUCUAGUAAAAAUUGAGCAUAAUGAGGUAGCCAAAAACCUUGAGAGGGAUAGUCUUUUUUUUUGUUGUUGUUGUUUUGUUUAAUCCACUGUAUAUUUGAGGGUUGCUAGAUUUCUUUAUUAUUAUAAUUUUUUUGGGUUUCGAAGCAACACUGAAGAUCUUUUUGUAUCCCUACCUAACAGAAAUGGGUUAAUCAUGCUGUGGAUAUGUUCUGGAUAAGUGUUUGAGAAUGUGUGUUUCUGUCCCUAUAGAGAUUCAUGCCAGAUCUAGACAUGGAGAUGAUAUUGUGCCAUUCAGAUUUUGAGAUUUUUUUUUUUUUGUGUGUGUGUUUGCUCGAAACUCUGGCGUUAUUCAGUUCUUUAUGUUCGUCACCGAUUAUAGUAAGGAUAUAUGGAAUGAUGUAGCUGCUGCCCUUUCAAGGAAACAAAUGGGGAUGAAUACCUGCGUUUCCCAGCAGGCAUUCACUACUCAUUUCCCCCCUUUUUUUUAGUACUCAUUGACAUGGUUUUGAUGAAAUGAUUUGAAAGACGCAGUCUAGCUUCAAUUUUUUCAAAUGAUUUGAUCCUGUUUUAUGGUUUGUUACUUUUUUUUUUUUUCCUUUUUUUUUUUUACUUUUCAAUAAUGAUUAUCGAGUGUAUGCCUUGACUCAAUAACUAAAAAUAAAGACUGAAUAUUUUAAUAAAGAA